CUUAGUUUUGAAGUUUUCUCACUAACCGCACCGGUGUCAGAACAUAUCGAUUUAAACGGAAAAAUAUAUACAUUUUCCAAUUUUUAUCAAUUGCUCGGAUUUAAUUGUUAUCAUUUUCCCUGUUUGUUGUAAAAGACGGAGCCGAGAGUUGGGUCGGUGGAAAUUCGGAGGAGUUUGAGUUUGUCCAGAAGUCAGUAUUACACAUUUCAGAGAGCUCCGGAAGAGUGUCCUGGACAAAACACACAAUGCACACACACAAACACACACUUCCCAAAUCCACUGCUGAGGAAAGCCAGUGCCUGUGACUAUAAUAAUAUUGUGGAGAAGCCCUACUGUUGUGCUCACACUGGACUCCACCAGAGGAAAACAGUAGAGAGACUUCAGAAGUGCUUGUGAAAACUUGCAUAGUGAAAGUUCUGCUUUUUUGAACUCCUUCCUGGGAUUCAUUUAAUUUUUCUUGUUUGAUGGAUUACUUUCUGGAUUUGGCUUGGAUCAGCUCUUGAUAAUGCUCUUCAAUGGCUGCGAGCAGUACAGUGGUUAGCAUGCAGAAUGAGGACCGAUUCUUUCAUGUCCACUACAGGAUGGAGGCAUCCUGUUUGGACCUGGCUCUGGAGGGGGAGCGGCUGUGUAAGGUGGGGGAUUACAGCGCUGGAGUUUCUUUCUUCGAGGCCGCUAUGCAGGUUGGUACAGAAGACCUGCAGGUUCUGAGUGCCAUCUACAGUCAACUGGGUAAUGCCUACUUCCACCUGCAUGACUACAGCAAAGCUCUGGAGUUCCACCACCAUGAUCUCACUUUAACUAGGACCACAGGGGAUAGGCUUGGUGAGGCCAAAGCCAGCGGUAACUUGGGGAACACGUUUAAGGUUUUGGGACGCUUUGAUGAAGCUGUGGUCUGCUGUCAGAGGCAUUUAGAUAUUGCCAAGGAACUGGGCGACAAGGUGGGGCAGGCCCGAGCACUUUAUAAUUUUGGAAAUGUAUACCACGCUAAAGGGAAGAGCAUCUGCUGGAGUGGAGCAGAGCCUGGUGACUUCCCUGAGGAAGUUAUGACAGCACUUAGAAAAGCUGCUGAAUACUAUGAGGCAAACUUGUAUAUUGUGAAAGAGCUUGGAGACAGAGCAGCACAGGGAAGAACCUAUGGGAACCUGGGCAACACAUACUACCUGCUAGGAAACUUCCGGGAUGCAGCGGCCUCCCACGAACAGCGUCUGCUUAUUGCUAAAGAGUUCGGUGACCGCUCAGCAGAAAGGAGAGCCUACUGCAAUCUUGGAAACACCUGCAUAUUCCUUGGGGAGUUCGAGAAGGCUGCGGAACAUUACAGGAAAGCUCUGCAGUUGGCACGGCAGCUUAAGGAUCUGGCGGUGGAGGCUCAGGCCUGCUACAGUCUUGGUAACACAUACACACUGCUGCAGGACUAUGAGAGGGCCAUCGACUACCAUCUCAAACAUCUCAUUAUCGCUCAGGAUCUCAAUGACAGGAUUGGUGAAGGCAGGGCCUGUUGGAGUUUAGGAAACGCACAUACAGCAUUAGGGAAUCAUGACCAGGCAAUGCACUUUGCUGAGAAACACUUGGAAAUCUCAAAAGAGACUGGAGAUCGGAGCGGUGAGCUAACUGCUCGCAUGAACGUCUCAGAUCUUCAGAUGGUGCUCGGCCUCAGUUACAGCACAAACAAUUCGGUUCUAUCUGAGAACAAAGAGAUUGACUACAACCUGCACGGUGCCAGACCCAGGAUGAGUCGACGGCACAGUAUGGAGAAUCUGGAGUUGCUAAAACUUACACCAGACAAGAUCAACGGUCAGAAGUGGAACAGUGAUAUCCUCUUCAAGCAGUCCAAAUCCACACUGGCUAAAUCAUCCUCCAAACUCUCCUUUGUCAAUCGUUUCCGAGGAAAGAAACACAAACUGCAGAGCAGCUCCAGUAAAAUCCUGCAGGAUACUAGCAACACACGAGAAACUCCUCAGAACAAACAUGGGAAUACAGACAUGUUAGGAGAUGAGGGCUUUUUUGAUCUGCUAAGUCGUUUCCAGAGCAACAGGAUGGAUGACCAGCGGUGUGCCAUACAGGAUGGGAAGAGCCAUCAGUCUGUCAAUUCUAGCUCCUCCUCCCCACCAACCACCCCGCCCAGAUCUAUCAGGAAAUCGUUCUCAGAGUCUGCUGCGACUCCAGGUCAGGAGCCAUUUCUCAGACUGUUGGCAAGUGCUCAGGGCAGGAGGCUGGAUGAACAGAGGGCAGGAACAGGAAACAGUCUGCCCGGCCUGUGCACCCUGACUGAACACAGUAACACUAACAGCAGACAGAUGAUUUUAAGUCAGAUUAUGGCCAGCACGGACGCCACUGAGCCUGAUGACCAGUUCUUCGACAUUCUCGUCAAGUGUCAGGGGUCUCGGCUGGAUGAUCAGAGGUGUGCCCCUCCUCUUCCCUCCUCCCGUGGUCCCACCGUCCCAGAUGAAGACUUCUUCAGUCUCAUCAUGCGUUCACAGGCCAAGAGGAUGGACGAGCAGAGAGUCACACUGCCCUCCUGCCGUUGAACUCAUAUAUAUAUAUAUAUAUAUAUAUAUAUAUAUAUAUAUACACUUCUGAACUCAAUGA